UAGGAAACUGGAAGCCAAACCACAAGGAAAUCAGCAACAGUGUGGCCAGCAGGACCAGGGCAGUGAUUGUCCCUCUGUACUCAGCACUGGUGAGGCUGCAUCUUGAGUCCUGGGUCCAGUUCUGGUCCCCUCACUACAAGACAAACAUUGAGGUGCUGGAGCGAGUCCAGAGGAGGGCAGUGGAGCUGGUGAAGGGUCUGGAGCACAAGUCCUGUGGGUAUCUGGGGUUCAAGCACUAUGUUUUUGACAGCAAAGAACUGGAAGACUGGUUGAUUGACAUACUAAAAUGGAGUAUUUACCAGUGCAGUAACUAAGGUGCUGACAAGUUUUGACUUCUUCAUCCUCAUAAACAUGAGUGAAGUUCAGGCUAUGGUAGAAUUCUCCGUGGAGCUCCACAAAUUCUUCAAUGUGGAUUUGUUUCAAAGAGGCUUUUACCAGAUUCGCGCAUCUAUGAAAAUUCCUCCAAGAAUUCCACACAUAUUAGAAGCUAGUUUGUUACAUGGAACUGGUGCAACAGAUCUUGCCUUUCCUGCUUCAGUCCAUGACAAUAUAGUUUGCAGUAAAACAUUUCAGAUUCUUUACAAAAAUCAAUUUGAAUUAAUUGAGGAGUCGCUUAAUGAAAUGAAUUUUCUGCUAACAUUAGAUUUACACUUCACGGAUACAGACUACUCACCAGAUGACCUGAGCACACUACAGCCAAUUAGUAGCCGAACUUUAAAGUUGCACUUUAACCUACACCAGGGCCUUCAUCAUUAUGUCAAUGUUAUGUUUGAUUACUUCCACCUUUCCGUCAUAUCGGUUAUAGUCCAUGCUUCUUUGGUUGCUCUGCAUCAGCCAUUGAUAAGUUUUCCUCGCCCAGUGAAGAAUACGUGGUUGAACAGGAAUGCACCAGCGCAAAACAGGGACUCUGUGAUUCCUUCUCUUGAAAGUGUGGUCUUUGGCAAUAAUUAUACAAAACAGUUAUCAGCAGACGGUUGCAGUUUUGUUGUUUCAGAGUCUUUCCUCAGCCAUGCUUAUAAUUUUCACUAUACACUUUGUGCCACUUUGCUGCUUGCUUUCAAAGGGUUGCAUAGAUAUUUCAUUACAAUAACCAAGGAUCUCCCCUCUUCUCACCGAAUUGAACUGGCCAAGGCCAGCAUGCAGGUCCUUUAUGAACGCCUUCUCAGAAGAAAAUAUCCACGAGCCCAGAGAUUCGCCUACCUAGAAAACAUAGAUGUAGAUACUCGUCUUACAGAAUUGUGUGAAGAAGUCAAGAAAAUGGAAAAUCCUGAUGAACUGGCAGAACUUAUAAAUAUGAAUCUUGCUCAGCUUUGCUCACUUCUGAUGGCUCUCUGGGGGCAGUUUCUGGAGGUCAUUACCUUACAAGAGGAGGUCACAGCUUUGCUAGCACAGGAGCAUCACACAUUAAGAGUGCGCAGAUUUGCUGAAGCAUUCUUUUGCUUUGAGCAUCCUAGGCAAGCUGCUCUUGCCUUUCAAGAACUACAUGCUCAAAGUCAUCUACAGGUGUGUGCAGCUAUCAAAAACAUUUCCUUCUGCAGUUCUCUUCCACCCCUCCCUAUUGAAUGCAGUGAACUAGAUGGAGAUAUGAACUCCUUGCCUAUUAUCUUUGAAGAUCGGUAUUUAGAUUCAAUUACAGAAGAUUUGGAUGUACCCUGGUUGGUAGCUCAGAGUGUUCCAAGGGCAGAGUCCAGUAAACUGGAUAAAUCUGAAGCUGAAGAAGGUUUUGUUGCUGGUUUUACUAGCCCAGAACUGAAAACAAGACCUGCUGGUACCUCCGUUGUCUGGCAUUCAGAAGCUGAAAAGAUGCUAACAAAAACCUCCAAAGGGAAAAAUGAAGAUACAAAUAAAUCCAAAGCUAAGGUUGCUAAGCUCAUAAAAACAAUAAAAGCUGAAAACACAAAAAAAGUAGUAAAACAGAACUCAAAGGACUCUGUUGUGUUAGUAGGCUACAAAUGUUUGAUAAGUGCAGCACUGGAAAAUGCCUGUAGAAGGUUAGAUGGUGAGCCUUCAUACAAUGCUAACGAAGGGCUGGACCCUAGAGUAGGUGGAAUUCCUUGUGAUACAAAGGCCUGCAUCAGGCAAAUAACUCGAAGAGACCUUCCAUUGUUGCCAUAUGAUGAAAUGGCUGUCAAGACUGAAGGUGACCAACCAGGUCCAAGUAGUCCUGUGCACUGUGAAAAUGAGGCUAUUUUUGAUAGACUGACUAUCUCCCAGACAGGUUCUGGAACUAUUCAAGCAGAUAGUGCUGUACAACACAGAGGUACACUUGAAGGUUGUCAUUAUGAAGAGGAGAAAGGAGUGGCUCACACUGGAUCAUGGGCUAAGUUUCCACAAGAUGAAGUUCACAAAGAGGAUUUGCUGACACCUGAUGUUCAGUCUUCAGAAUCUGGAAAUAAACUGAAAUUGGGAGAACAGGAACCCAUGCUUGAAAAGGAAGAGGUCCAUGAGAGAAACUGUCAGCAUACCAGUGACAUCCUGACAAAAAUGAAAAGCAAUCCACCUACUCUUCCAACAAAAGAAAACCAAAUCUCUGCAAGUGGAGACAUGACUAAAUUACCAGAUGUUAGUGUGACGUAUGCCUCUUCUAGAUUUUCAGAUUCAGGUGUAGAAAGUGAACCAAGUUCUUUUGCAACUCACCCCAACCCUGAUCACGUUUUUGAAAAUGUUCAUGGACAAAGUGCACACAAUGGUGAGAGAGUGUUUCCUCAGCCUUUACUAAAACCUGAUUGUGUAAUAAAAAACACAAUCGAAAGCCAUUGCACUGAGAGUACAAGUGCUGUAAGUGAAAUACAGUCAUCCCUGACAUCCAUAAAUUCACUGCCUUCAGAUGAUGAUGAGCUGUCUCCUGAUGAGAAUUCAAAGAUAUCUGUUGUACCUGAAUGCCAGCUAAGUGACAGCAAAACAGUAUUGGAUCUAGGAGCAAUUGACUUGCCAAAAUGUGAUGAUAGUAAAACAUCAAACACCAAUUUGCAGCAACAGCUUGUGUAUUCAGGGCACUUAGAUAACAGAACUCUAUCUAUACAUUCCUCACUCUCAGGAAAAAAAGAUCUGUUACACUCCGUUGUUUCAGAUGAGGACACACCUACUGAUGUGGAAAGUUAUAGCCCACAAACAGGCCCUGGCACAACCUGCAAGGACUCUCAGGACUCUGAAAGGCAUCCUAGAGCUACAGAAGAAAUAUUUAAGUUGUGUUUGGAAACAGCUUGUAUGGGUGAGCCAUCUGCUGGUUCAGGUUCUUCAUCUGUAAAUGCAGUGGUUAACAAAACAAACAAAGGAAAACAUAAUGAGCCUUUAGAACUAAAGAGCCCAACUGAAGAACUGUCAGUAGCUGAAAGUGAAAUUGGUACAGAUAAUCCUUCUCCAGCUGGUAGUGCUGACAUGGUAAAGCAAGGGCUUGUUGAAAACUAUUUUGGCUCUCAAAGCAGCACAGGUAUUUCAGAUAUUUGGCCUAUAGAUAACAGCAAUCCUAUUAGCCCUCAAAAGGAAUCAUACGAAAAACAAAUUAUUUGUUCUUCCCAACAAGAUGAGGAAGAAGAGGAGGAUCACGAAAUGAUUGAAAAUGGAUAUUAUGAAGAAACUGAUUAUAGUAUAUUAGAUGGAGCUUGCAGUGCUCACCAGGAUCAUGGCUUAGCAGAAGAGAGAGCCCUGAGAUCUGAAAUGAUUGACAAUGGACAUCUGCAAGACAUAAUGACUGUGCCGCCUGUCUGUACCCCUGGUUGUUUGUCUUUCCCUUCUUCUCUGAGAGACUCUCCCUGCAGUGUUACCUCUUCUUCAAAGAAUAAAUCUGAUGCAAUUACACAACAGCCAGGCAGCACAUCCUACAGCUCAGCCUCAGCUGUUUCCUGGUAUGAGAGCUCCCCAAAACCUCAAAUGUUAGCUUUCCUACAGGCUAAAGAAGAAUUGAGGCAACUUAAACUUCCUGGAUUUAUGUAUAGUGAUGUUUUCAAACUGGCUUCUUCAAUACCUUAUUUCAGUAUGGAAGAUGACGAGUGUUCAGAAGAAGGAGUACAUCUUAUAGUCUGUGUCCAUGGCCUAGAUGGUAACAGCGCAGACCUAAGAUUAGUGAAGACUUACAUUGAGCUAGGGCUGCCUGGAGGAAGAAUUGAAUUUCUUAUGUCUGAAAGGAAUCAGAAUGAUACCUUUGCUGAUUUUGAUUCCAUGACAGAUCGUCUUUUAGAUGAAAUUAUACAGUAUAUACAAAUUUAUAAUCUACCCCUUUCAAAAAUCAGCUUUAUUGGACACUCACUGGGUAAUUUAAUAAUCCGUUCAGUGCUCACAAGACAUCGAUUUAAGUAUUACCUCAACAAACUUCAUACCUUCCUGUCUCUGUCUGGACCACAUCUUGGUACCCUCUACAACAGCAGUGCUCUUGUUAAUACAGGACUGUGGUUUAUGCAGAAAUGGAAGAAGUCUGGUUCUUUAUUGCAAUUGACAUGUCGAGACCAUUCAGAUCCACGACAGACAUUUUUAUAUAAACUUAGUAAAAAAGCAGGUCUUCAUUACUUCAAAAACAUUGUGUUAGUAGGAUCUCUGCAGGAUCGUUACGUUCCUUAUCACUCUGCUCGCAUUGAGAUGUGUAAAACAGCUUUAAAGGAUAAACAAUCAGGACCAAUUUAUGCUGAAAUGAUCCAGAACCUGCUUCUGCCAGUUCUUCAAAAUAAGGAAUGCAAUUUGGUUCGUUAUAAUGUAAUUAAUGCAUUACCCAAUACAGCAGAUUCUCUCAUAGGGAGAGCUGCACACAUUGCUGUUCUUGAUUCAGAAAUAUUUUUAGAAAAAUUCUUUCUUGUUGCUGCCCUAAAAUAUUUUCAGUAGAGAAAAGCAUUGUAAGAGACUUGGUUAUUACCUCAUUAACAGAUGAAUUCAGAUGUGUGGUGUUAAAGUAUAGCUGCAGCUGUAUUUUAAGAGAUAUUUAUACUUUUUAUAUGGAAGAUAAUUUAUAUCAUCCACACUUAGGGCUUUUUAACAUCAACUUUACUUUCUAGGUAAUGUGACUGUGCAAUAUUUUUUUAUUUUGUUCUUUUUACUUUUCUAUUACUUUUUCUUAAUUUUGGGUACCUAAUUAUUUGGAGAUUAAAGCACAGUGUGUACUUUUGUUUGGUUGGUUAAUGGCUUUCAGACAACAGAAGUCGAUGUUACUUGGCAACAUUUUACAAGAGGCUUUAGAUGCCAAAAAUAAAUCGGAUUUUAAAAUUCUAACAAUG